GAAUGCUGUAUUCCAAAGGAGUUUACUAGACAACGAUUUUAUUCUGAAAUAGAAAGAGAAGGUCUUGGGGAAUGGAAAGGACAAUUAUAUUCCAAAUGGGAUGUAGUUAUUUAUGAAGCUAUUCAAGGAUUACAACAAUAUUUAAGGGGGGAGAAAUUGGGAGUUAGUAGGAAAGAUGUCGUUGAUUAUAUUCGAAAAAGUUUACCAGUUCCACAAAUCGAUUCAGAAGCUGGCCCAGGCCCAUCUACUCAAGCCCAUAGAGAGGAGGUAUUACAAAACAAUUCUGUUAACGAAUCAAAUAUUACCCAAGAAGAGAUCGAUUUACUUAUUGCAUUGGGUUUAAUAGAAGAACCAGAGAUUGAAGAAUCCUGGCCUGAAUUGGGAGGUACUCUUUUAGCAGAUAAGGCAAAGAGUAAAAAAUUUAUAUCACGUUAUAGAGAUUCAGGAUUAGCAAGUAUUACAGUUAAACCACCACCAGGUGAUAUAAUCUUCGAAGAGACUAAGGUUGGAGAUCCGGAAAGAGAACAUUCAAGUUUAUCUUCAUUAAGUAAAUGGCAGGCAAUUGUUCCGUCAUAUGAAAAUCCUGCAUAUGCUUUCAAUGCACCAAUAGAUAAUCCCGAAAAAUAUGCAGAAGCUCCAUAUAUGCCCCAGCUCAUGGCAUCAGCUCGAGAACAAAUUACAAGUGUACUUAAAGCUGAACUUUGA